UGUACGAGAGAGAGGCUCCCUUAUUCUGUGCCUCCUAACACAGAGACGGCUAUAUAGCACAGCCUCUACUCCUUGUGCUUGACUCAAGUUUGGGACGGCAGCUUCUCACCAGAGGGUUUCUUCCUUCGCUUCGUGGACCACGGGAUAGCUUUUUGCACUGGGGUCGCCAUGGCCAAGAAGAGGAUUGCGGUCAUUGGAGCAGGGGCGAGCGGCUUAGUCUCCAUCAAGUGCUGCUUGGAUGAGGAUAUGGAGCCCGUGUGCUUUGAGAUGAGCAGCGACAUCGGGGGGCUCUGGAGAUUCGAGGAGAAACUCGAGGAAGGCCGGGCCAGUAUUUACAGAUCCGUGAUCAUCAACACCUCCAAAGAGAUGAUGUGCUACAGCGACUUCCCCAUCCCAGAUGACUACCCCAACUACAUGCACAACUCCAAGAUCAUGGAAUACUUCCGGCAGUACGCCAAGCACUUUGACCUUCUGAAGUACAUCCACUUCAGGACUAAAGUUUGUAACAUCAGCAAGAGUCCAGACUUCGCUGAAACGGGCCAGUGGAAUGUUAUCACUGAGACCAAUGAGAAACAGGAGUCAUCUGUUUUCGAUGGGAUCAUGGUUUGCACCGGCCACCAUACCAAUGCCUACCUGCCACUGCACUCUUUCCCAGGCAUAGAAAAAUUCAAGGGGCGCUACUUCCACAGCCGCGAUUAUAAGGACCCCAGUGAGUUCAUGGGGAAAAGGGUUAUUGUGGUUGGCACAGGGAAUUCGGGAGUGGAUAUUGCUGUUGAGAUCAGCCAAGUGGCCAACCAGGUUUUCCUUAGCACCAGGCGUGGGGCAUGGAUCAUGAAUCGUGUCUGGGAUGGUGGAGAGCCCCAAGAUCUUAUUCUUAACCGACGAAUUUUCCAUUCCUUCUACAGACACACUUUCAUUCGUAAUUCUGUGCACUUUCUAGUACAGAAAAAAAUAAACAAAAAGUUCGACCACACCAUGUAUGGACUCCAGCCUCAACACAGUCUUUUCAGUCAGCAUCCAACCAUCAAUGAUGACCUCCCAAACCGCAUUAUUUCUGGCAGAGUGAUGGUGAAACCAAACAUCAAGGAGUUCACUGGAACAUCCGUCCUCUUUGAUGAUGGCAGCAAGGAGGACAAUAUUGAUUUUGUCGUAUUUGCCACGGGAUACAGUUUCUCUUUCCCCUUCCUUGGGAAUACCCUCUCAGUAACUAAUAACCAGGUCACCUUGUAUAAAUUUGUCUUCCCACCUCACUUGGAGAAGCCGACCUUGGCUAUCAUUGGCCUUGUCCAGCCUCUGGGGGCCAUCAUGCCCAUUUCAGAAAUGCAGGCUCGCUGGGUUACACGUGUGUUUAAAGGGCUGUGUAAGCUGCCUUCGGCAAGUGACAUGUUGAAGGACAUUCACUUCAAGCAAGCUGAAAUGGCCAAACGGUAUGUGACAAGUCCACGGCACACAAUCCAAGUGGAUUAUAUUGAAUACAUGGAUGAGAUAGCUGCUCUAAUACCUGUGAAUGUCAAUAUAUGGCUCCUUUUCCUCACGGAUCCCAAGCUGGCCUGGCAGGUUUUCUUUGGGCCGUGCACGCCGUAUCAGUACCGCCUACAAGGACCAGGAAAAUGGGGCAACGCCAGAAAAGCUAUCCUGACCCAACGCGAGCGGAUCCUGAAGCCCUUUAUGACCAGGGUAGUGUCUAAUUCCCUCAGUCACUCCAAACAGCCAUCUGUCUUUAAGGCAUUUGUAGUAGUUGCUCUAGUUACUGCAUUGCUUGGAUGGUUCGAAACAUUGUCUUCCUUUAUUAUAUAGUGAUAUUCUGAGGACAACUGAGAUUUUCUGCUUUGGACAUUAUUAUUAUUAUUUGGUCUGGGGUGGGAAGGGGAGAGAUUCUCUUUUAUGGUGAUAACAGCAUCUUUUUAAAUAAAAGUCUGCAACAUGCAUAUAGGUGCAUACACACACAAUAAAAUGUGAUAUUUAACUUUCUGAAUUUCAAGUCUGAAAAGCUGGUGCAUAAUAUCCAUAUUGUACAUUAAUUCCAUGUGGUCAAUAAAUGUCUGCCACGUAUUCUCAGUGGCUGCUGUGACUU